GAUGACAAUAGGGAAUAAGUGACUAACUUCAAGUUGCUAUUCUUAGUAGAUUUUCUUUAUUUUCCUUAAAAUUUUCCCUUUAAUCGCGUUGGAAAAGCAUUUUCUUGCAUUCAAGUGAUAAAAGAUUGACUUGAUAACACAACAAUCAUGUCGGAUAAGAAGAAAAGCAAGCGUAGUAAAGAAGAAAUAGCCAAGGAAUUCGAUUUACCGGAGAGGAAGAGCAAAAUAGCCACAAUAAUGAAGCAGGAUGGACAAGCCUACUGCAUUUGUCGCUCAUCCGAUUGUUCCCGGUUUAUGAUUGGCUGCGAUGGAUGCGAGGAGUGGUACCAUGGGGAUUGCAUAAAUAUCUCUGAGAAGGAAUCAAAGCACAUUAAGCACUACUACUGCCAGAGAUGUCGUGAUGAGGAUCCAACACUCCAGACGGUAUUCCGGGCAAUUCCAGCUGCUCCCACGCGGCAUGAGAAUCACAUUGAGGAACCACCGCCACCACCACCAAAAGUUGCGCCCAAGAAGCGAGAAAACGCCUCAAAAAGUCACAAAAGAUGUGGCAAUUGUGCCGGCUGCAAUGCCUCCAAGUGUGGCAAUUGUUCAGCUUGCCUCUCCAAGAAAUCUCGCUGUGAGAAGAGAAUCUGCACUGGGGCUAAACAAUCCUCGAAGUCCCAGAAAUCAAAGCACUACGUCUCCCGGCGACGCCACAGAUCAGCAACCCCAGAGCCAGUAAUCAAUCCAGCCCUCGAAGGACAGCGUCAAUGCUACGGGCCAGGAUGCCGAAUGACUGCACGUCCGCAAUCGAAAUAUUGCUCCGAUGAGUGUGGCACGAAAUUAGCCACAAGUCGAAUCUAUCAGGUACUCCCACAGCGGAUUCAGGAGUGGAAUUUGAGUCAAUGCCGUGCGGAAGUAAUCAAUCGGAAGCAAUUGGAUACAAUCCGUGCAAAGCAGGCCACUGUAAGGGCAACCCUCGCGGAGCUGGAUAAACGUCAUGCAGAGCUGGAUUUACUCGUGGAGAGAGCAAAGAGAUGCACCCUUGACCCCAAGGCGUUGGACAACAAUGAGGCUGAGGACGAGAUGUCCAUGUACUGCAUCACAUGUGGGCAUGAGAUUCACUCAAAAACCGCCAUCAGGCACAUGGAGAAGUGCUUCAACAAGUACGAGAGUCAAACGAGCUUUGGGAGUAUCUUCAAGACACGCAUUGACGGUGGGAAUCCCAUGUUCUGUGACUUCUUCAAUCCCAUCAAUAAGACGUACUGCAAGCGCCUCCGGGUGUUGUGUCCGGAACACUGCAAGGAUCCCAAAGUGAAUGACACGGAUGUCUGUGGAUGCCCCUUGACGAGGAAUGUGUUCGAACCAGCUGGGGAAUUCUGCAGGGCACCCAAGAAAUCCUGCUUCCGGCACUAUGUUUGGGAGAAAAUUCGACGAGCUGAGAUUGAUUUGGAACGCGUCCGGCAGUGGCUGAAGAUGGAUGAAUUGAUGGAGCAGGAACGUCAAAUACGUACGGCCAUGGCAUCGAGAGCUGGUGUCCUGGGCCUAAUGCUCCACUCAACGUAUAAUCAUGAAGUUAUGGAGAAAUUGUGCCAGCAACAGGGUGGUCCACAGAGAUAGGCUAAACUUCCAACAAUUUUAUUAUUUCUUUUAUUUAAGAUAAAAUAUAGGCUCUGUCGGUUCA